UCACGCUUAUAAUUCCGUUUGUCUCCGGACUAGUGCUGCCUCUAACGAAGAAGUGCUGAAGCUAUACCACGCUAGCAUACACAAGAACCUAUAAAAUUAGGGAUCUGCUCUGUUUGGUUCCACGUUAGCACGUACAAAUAACCUAUUUAGUUCCACCAUAAACGAGGUAUAUCUCGCUGUAGUUCCACGUUACAAGAGCCUAUUUCAUUGUACGGUUCUAAGGAAAACUAUUCUGUUCGAUAUAGGCAAACACGAGAGUAACAAAAUCGCACAAUAAUUAAACUUAGUUUCCUCAGGGUUUACCUCAGAAAGAGAUAAUUGGGAUAAUUAGUGGUCGGGGAACGAGUUUUACAGUUUGGGGACUCUGUAAUUUAGAACCUUACCCAACGAUCAACCCAAGGGCGAACGGACUGUACCAAUAGUACAAUAAGACAAUCGUUAACGCUCUCGCAACCACCAUUGUAGAUAGAGGCUCGCAGGACUGAGGUCUCGAGGAAAAGAAAAUACAAAGUACAUCGACUACUAUGUACAAUAGGGGAUGUGGCCGUCAUCACCACGCCAAAGCAAGCGUUGAUAGGCUUCGAGGACUGAAAGUCGAAUUCCAAAUUGAAUUCUAGAUUGUUAAAUAGGGUGCAAGAGGAAGUAGAUCGGAUUGGGCUCCACUGCGGAAGAAUAUUGCGUAACUCGCUCCGGAAGACCGAAAGAUCCAAAAGGAACAGUACACACAAGUACAAUAAGGAUAAGAAAAUGCUUGGUUACAUAUGGUAGAACAGCUGGUGCUGAUGCGGUUGAUUAACGAAUCGAAACUGGUCGAAAGCUACUUCAGAAAUACAAGAUGUAGAAAUACAAGAAAUACAACGAUAUAGAAAACGGGCAAGAAGGAGUAAGACGAUUCCAGUCGAUAGCCACUGUUGCUCGGGCAAGCCGGUAUCGUGACCACAAUGAUCAGUACGACGAUCACGGUGACUCGGAAUAGAAAUCUUCUCUUACAAGAAUUGAUAGCCUCCAGAAGACUAUCAAAACAGUAAGGAAAUGGGAAUCGUAUGAAUAUCUAUGUAUGUAUAUCUAUUUCUUUCUGUAUACAGAAAAGCGAUUAACGAGAGGAUAGCGUGUCCGUGGAGUAACCGCUCCUGGAUUAGACUUAGAGAUCGCGAAUACAUCGAACAGGAUGGGUGCCGGAUUGAGCCGCAACCUUGGAAAAGGAAGACCGCUCCAGAAACACAGAGGAUGAUUGUUGUAUCCGGUUGUAGGGCGAACACAGUCCGUCGGUUGAGACGCACCGGGAAAAACGUUAGUGUGCCCUCGCUUAUGGAAGGCGGGCGCGACCUAUCUCGGAGCGCAACGAGCAAGAGUGCUGUGCCGGUUGUAGAACGGACGCAGUCCGUUCUGGGACGCAACCAGCCAAGGCGUUUGGUUAUACGAGACGGGUGCGGCCCAUCCUGGAACGUAACCAAGGAAAAACACUACUGAUCCCGGUUAUCAGUUUAGAACGAAAUGCAGUUGCAGCUGGGACGAAGCUGGAUCACGAUCAUAGAAUACACUUACAAGAAGAAGAGAGCCGAAUGAGCUAUCAAGGCUUGUUGACAAAGAACCAUACGCAGCGGUAUAACAAGUCACGGACGGAUUCCGUUAACGGCAUCCACCAACCGACUGAGGCUACCCCCAUACUGCAGUUGCUGCAAAUAAAGGCCUGUUGUUUAUAGUAGUGGAAAUUCCUUUAACCUUCGUCACCCUCAGCUGUAGGAAGAGGAAGCGUUCGCACUCGGUGCUAUAAAUUAGGCCGUGCCAUAAAUUAAUCCGCCGUGCGACGUCGUAGGCUAAUGAUCCCCAACGUUUUGCAAGUGCGAUGCUUAGCAUAUUCGGGCAUUAUUUGUACAAUCGUCAAUGUAGACGAACGUCGAAGCGAAACUACGCAAGUUCGGUAUUUUUAAAUCAUCAGAACGUGCUGUAAACACGACUACCCUAAACUCGCUCGUAGCAUUGUCUUACAGAUAAAUAUCCUAAUGAACAAAUUAGUCAUGACAUCAAAUCUUGUCUGCAGAUAACUUGUUCUUUUGCUUUUACCGUUUCUGUAAACGAAUACGCAUGCAAAACACAUACAUCACGUCAGAAAUAUUAUUCGCAGCCUAUCAACUACUGAAAUUACUAUUAAAAUGAAAUUCAAGUUUUAUUAUAAAGGAAACAUUAUCGCUAGGAAAGUAAAUUUAAUGUUAAAGCUACAAAAUUAUUGUGUAUGAAGAAUACACUAAAAUUCUACUGACCAUUCUAUUGAUCCAUCAUGGUCUUAAAGGAAAGGUUCUCUUUUCUUUUCUAAAAAAAAAAUAAACAAUUAAUUUCUCUUUCUAAGACAAUUAAGCUUAAUUAUUGUGCGAUUUUGUUAUUCUCAUAUUUGUCUAUAUCAAAUAUAAUAAUUUUCCAUAGAACCGUAUAAUGAAAUAGGCUCUUAUAACGUGGAAUCACAGCAAGUAUAGCUCGUUUGUCGAAGAACUAAAUAAUUAUCUAGCGUGGAACUUCAGUGCUCGGCCGCGUGGUGCAGCAUCUGUAGUGUAGAACAACUAGAACAAUGGGCGUGAGCUCUCUCAUUUCCUCUCUGGAAAAUGCAGCAUUAUGUGAUCAAGUUGCACAAAUGCAAGAAAAUCUUAUGCUUGUGAAAGAAGAGAGACUGUUUCUUUUACGUAAAUUAUGUCAACAACAAGGAGAUAUAGAUCCCUCUACUAUGAUAGCUCGAUCUCAAUCAAACAGUAUUAAUCCUAGUUCGUUUAAUCCAGAAUGCUCUACUCCUAAAAAAACUGCAAAGAAAAGAGCUUCGACUGAUGGCUCAGAAACAAAAAAUAAGGCUAAACGUUACAAUAAAACUGCGAGGAAAGUUGUCCAAUUAAUACCAUUGGAUGUCCAUGGGAGACCUAUAUUUCCUAUUUCUUUAGGUGAUCUUACUGUCUACUCCCUUGGAGAAGUAGUAUCGGACAGAAUAGCUUAUCAUACAGAGGAUCUCAUUUAUCCAGUAGGUUACUGCAGUACUAGGGUAUAUGCUAAUUUAAGGGAUGUAAGAACAAAAAGUUUAUAUACAUGUAAGAUAUUAGAUGGUGGACCAAAACCAAGAUUUGAAAUUGUAUCUGAUAAUGAUCUAGAUCAGCCUCUGGUUGGCUCUACUCCUGAUGAGUGUCAUUCCAAAUUAUUAAUGGCAAUUUCUCUUGCACUUCGUACAAUAGCACCAAAAGGUGCUGAUUUUUUUGGAAUUUCACAUCCUACUAUACAAAAUCUUAUACAAAGCACACCUGGAACUCGUAAAUUGGCUAUGUAUAAACAACAACGUUUCGAAGUAAGCAAGAAUCAACCAAUGGAAAGAGGAACAAGUCCAGUAAUGGAAGAAGAAACAGAUCCAGGACUUGGAUUUGCUGCUUUACAUAGGCAUUAUGCUUUAGCAAAUUCGUACAGAAUUAAAGAAGAACCGUCUGAUAGUGAUCUUUUAGCUCUUCAAGAGCUUCUCUCGUGACUUUUAUAUUGUUAAUAAAAAGAAUUUUUAAUUUUCAGAAAAAAUAUUAUUUUGCUUUAUGUAUUGGUAUUGAACAUCAAUUUUUAAAUUAUGUAUAUAUUAAAUUUUUAUAUAAAGAAGAUAGAAAAUCUGUUAAAAUUAGCAACGUUUAUUUCAAAAAUUAUUUUGUGCUAUGUAUUAUGCUACGUAUAGUAUGUAAAACAAUUUACUUUUACCUUAUUAAAAUAAUAUAUAAAUAAAAUUACAAUAAAUAAUUUGUUAUUUGCAGAAUGUUAUCUUGUAAAUAUUGAAUGGAUAUAUUAUAAUUUUGAUUACAUUGUAUUAUUAUAAAACUACGUUGUUUUAAACAAAUUUCAAUUGCAUGUCAAUGUAAACAGAUUUUGUCGUAAAAAUAAUUUUUGCUAUUUUGCGAAUGUGAUUAAAUAAAUCAACUUUAGUUUUAAUUUUAAAUAUUUUACAAUUAUAAUUAAUAUUAAAUUAAUAAUAUUACGUAUUUUGUGAUUUAAGAAUUAGAAAUAGUAAUAUAGAAACAAAUUACUGUAAUAUUAUCUAUCAAGGUUUGUGUAUUGUAUAAAGCAACAUAUCUCUACAAAUUUGAAUAAAGAAUGAAUAAAUAACUAUA